UCAACCCAGUCUUUAAACAGCCUUCUGAUCUCAACAGCGAGAUCACUUGGGAGACACUCUACGACCCUCUUCAACAACCCCCCACCACCAACCCCAAAAACUUUUCACAAUGGGUGCCACUCGUGCUCAGAAGGAGGCUUACUUCGUGAAGCUCCGUGCUCUCAUUGAGGAGUUCCCCUCGCUCUUCAUUGUCAACAUCGACAACGUCUCGUCGCAGCAGUGCCACGGUAUCCGUCAGUCGCUCCGCGGCGAGUCGGUCGUCCUCAUGGGCAAGAACACCAUGGUCCGCCGUGCCCUCCGCACCAUCCUUUCGGAGUUCCCCCAGUACGAGAAGAUCCUCCCCUUCGUCAAGGGCAACAUCGGCUUCGUCUUCACCAAGGGUGACCUCAAGGACGUCCGUGAGACCAUUGUCUCGAACAAGGUCGCCGCCCCCGCUCGUGCCGGUGCCAUUGCCACCACCGACGUCUUCGUCCCUGCUGGUAACACCGGCAUGGAGCCCGGAAAGACCUCGUUCUUCCAGGCUCUCGGUAUCCCCACCAAGAUUGCCCGUGGUACCAUUGAGAUUGUCAACGACGUCCAGGUCGUUACCAACGGCACCAAGGUCGGCUCUUCGGAGGCUACCCUCCUUAACAUGCUCAACAUCUCGCCCUUCACCUACGGCAUGAGCGUUGUUCAGGUCUACGACAACGGCACCGUCUUCCCCCCCUCGGUCCUUGACAUUGAGGAGUCGACCCUCAUUGACCAGUUCUCGUCGGGUAUCAAGACCGUUGCCGCCCUCUCGCUCGCCAUUGGCUUCCCCACCAUUGCCUCGGUCGCCCACUCGCUUGUCAACUCGUACAAGAACCUCCUCGCCAUCUCGAUCGCCACCGACUACGAGUUCGAGGAGUCGGCCAAGAUCAAAGAGUACCUUGCCAACCCCGAGGCCUUCGCCGUUGCCGCCGCCCCCGCUGCCGCCGCUGCUGGUGGCGCCGCCGAGGCUGCCCCCGCCGCCGCCAAGGAGGAGGAGAAGGAGGAGUCCGACGACGACAUGGGCUUCGGUCUCUUCGACUAAGCGUGUCG